UAUUAUAUUAUCUUGUGUUUGAUCAUAUAUACGACAAAAUUUGGUAUAUAUACAUAUAUAUAUGUAUAUAUACUUAUUAUUAUAUCUAUAUGUACAUGUAUAUAUCGCGUGUGCUUUCUAUACAUAGAGUAUUACGAUUGUGUUAAGAGUUUUGUAGUGGUUGUAUAGUGGCAGGGGGAGGUCCUUAGCCCCCUUCGUGAGGCACACGCCGGUAAUGAGUGUUUAUACCAUAACUGCGGCGACACCAACAACGAGUACAAUAAUAUCAACAACAACGGCGACGACAACAACAGCGGUAACAGUAACGACGACGGCUACGCCAACAACAACGGCGCCGGCGGUUGCCGUGUCGCCUGAAGCUGCACCUGGUUGGAUAGAAUUUUGUGAGAGACACGCCCGCGCUUCGGCUUCUGAUUUUGCUAAAGCUUUCUGUACCUAUGUCAGUUUAAAUUUACCUGAAAGUGCUAGAUUAAAUCUUUCUCAUCAUGAUUUUUUAAAAAAAUUUGUUGAAAGUUUUUGUGAACACUUUGAAAACGAAUAUCUACGUCGUACAGUUAGAUCACCAUCUUUGUAUGAUACAAGACAUAAUGCAACUAAUGAUAGAGAUAUUAAUGCUAUAAGUCAAAAUAAUAAUGCUCCUAUUCGUAUAUCAUCUCAUGAAGAAUUCAGUGAUUACUCUGAACAUGAUGGAGAUGCAAUAUCACCAAAACCAUCACACAAACCAUUUUUCCGUCGUUUAUCUUUUAAAGGACUUAAAAAAGGAAAAAGUCUUUUUCAUAAACAACAAAGUGAUGAAGUGGAAUUAUCUCAUAGUGAACAUCGUAGAGAUAAACAUUCAAAAGCUAAACUUUCUAAGAUUGUAGUAGAAUGUAGAAAAGAAGGCAUUGUUAAUUCUUUAAUGGGGGAGAAUAUUGAUGGAACUCAAAAAUGGGAAAAAUCUAGACUUGCUUUAAUAAAAGCAAUUGGUGGAUAUAUGUUAGAAUUUUAUUCUCCUCCAAAAGCAGUAAAACCACGUAGUGGUGUCUUUUGUUCUGCAAUUACUGAAGCCAGAGAAACAACUGCAUUAGAAAUGCCAGAUCAUGAAAAUACUUUUGUAUUAAAGACACAAAAUAUGGAAUUUGUAAUAGAAGCUCAUGAUUCGAAUGAUAUGAGAUCAUGGUUAGCUACUAUUAAAUAUUGUAUGCGUACAGUACAACAAAAUUCUAUUAAUCCCAAUUCUGGAAUAGAGGCUACUGGAGAAUCUUUAGGUCAUGCUUCAUUAGCUAUUAGUAAUGAAGGAGAUAGAUUAAGAACUAAUUCUGCAAGUAAAAGUUCCCGAUCUACUUCCCAUGAACAUGGAGAUGAAAUAGGUAGCAAUCCUCCAGAAAUACCUCCUAGACUUCGUAUAAGAAGUAAUAGUAAUUUGGAAUUAUGUUCAUCACAACAAGAUAUUGAACAAUUAAAUGUAAAUGAUGGUGAAUUAGAUUUAUCAAGUAGUUUAAGAGAAUAUCCAUGGUUUCAUGGAACUCUUCCUAGAUCAGAUGCGGCACAAUUAGUUUUACAUAGUGCUGCUAAUGGUCAUGGUGUGUUUCUUGUUCGACAAAGUGAAACAAGAAAAGGAGAAUUUGUAUUAACUUUUAAUUUUCAAGGUAGAGCAAAGCAUUUACGUAUGACAUUAAAUGAUCAAGGACAUUGUCGUGUUCAGCAUCUUUGUUUUCCUGCUAUAUAUGAUAUGCUUGAACAUUUUCGUCAGAAUGCCAUACCUCUUGAAUCUGGUGGAACAGCAGAUGUAACUCUCACAGAAUUUGUUGUGGCAAAUCAUGCAAUACGAUCAGCACAUCAUAAUGUAUCUGGAAUAAAUCAACAACAAUUACAAGAAAGAAGACCUCCAGUUGCUCCAGAGCCAAGAGAAGUAAGAGUCAGCAGUGGAAGUCUAACUCCUCUUGAGUGAACGCGAGUGGCCAACACCCACAGUCUGAAGUCUAAUCUACAGACAGUGCGCACAUAUGGAGGUUCUAUAAGAACACGUACAGAAUCACUGGAAAGACUGGAACAACAAAACACCAUUACAGAACAACAAAGUUCAUCAUCAACUAGUGGUAGAGCAAUUCAAAAUACUUAUAGUUUUCUUUGACGUUGGAUCCACAAUACUCUACCAUCGGGUUACAAUCCAGUUAGUCCUUUAGAUUAAGUAGUUUCUCCAUUAAUUUAGAAAAUCAAGUUAAUUUUUAGUUGAACUUAUUAUUGUUAUUAUAAACUGUCAUUCUAAAGUGUACGAUUUUACUUAUGCAAAUAAUGUAUUUUUUAAUCAAUUA